AGCCCGGCAGGGCAGCCGCGCAGCCACGACGGAGCAGCCGCGGGACUGGCCGCCCCGCGCCCCCUUCGCCGCCGUGCCUUUCCCCGGCGCACUCACCCCCUUCUCGGGAUGGGAUUGUAGCGGCGGCGCGGACUCGGCGGGGAUCGCGGUGGAGGCGGCGGCGGCGGCCGAGCGGGGCUCCAUGUUUUCCCCCGGCCAGGAAGAGCACUGCGCCCCCAAUAAGGAGCCGGUGAAAUACGGGGAGCUGGUGGUCCUGGGGUACAACGGUGCUUUACCUAAUGGAGACAGAGGCCGGAGGAAAAGCAGAUUUGCUCUCUAUAAGCGGCCGAAGGCUAACGGCGUCAAACCCAGCAUGGUCCACGUGAUAUCCACUCCGCAGGCCUCCAAGGCUAUAAGCUGCAAAGGUCAACACAGUAUUUCAUACACUCUGUCAAGGAAUCAGACUGUGGUGGUCGAGUAUACACAUGACAAAGAUACGGAUAUGUUUCAGGUGGGCCGAUCAACAGAAAGCCCUAUCGACUUCGUGGUGACAGACACGAUUUCGGGCGGUCAGAACAACGACGAGGCGCAGAUUACACAGAGCACCAUCUCCAGGUUUGCCUGCAGGAUCGUCUGUGACCGGAACGAGCCGUACACAGCACGGAUAUUUGCAGCCGGAUUCGACUCUUCCAAAAACAUAUUUCUUGGAGAAAAGGCAGCAAAAUGGAAAAACCCCGACGGCCACAUGGAUGGGCUCACUACCAACGGCGUGCUGGUGAUGCACCCACGAGGGGGCUUCACUGAGGAGUCCCAGCCCGGGGUCUGGCGCGAGAUCUCCGUCUGCGGAGACGUGUACACCUUGCGAGAAACCAGGUCAGCCCAGCAGCGGGGAAAGCUGGUGGAAAGUGAGACAAACGUCCUGCAGGACGGCUCCCUCAUCGACCUGUGCGGGGCCACGCUUCUCUGGAGAACGGCAGACGGCCUCUUUCAGGCCCCAACUCAGAAACACAUAGAAGCCCUGCGGCAGGAGAUCAACGCCGCCCGGCCGCAGUGCCCCGUGGGGCUCAACACCCUGGCCUUCCCCAGCAUCAGCAGGAAGGAGGUGGUGGAGGAAAAGCAGCCCUGGGCCUACCUCAGCUGCGGCCACGUGCACGGCCACCACAACUGGGGCCACCGGAGCGACACGGAGGCCAACGAGAGGGAGUGUCCCAUGUGCAGGACUGUGGGCCCCUACGUCCCUCUCUGGCUUGGCUGCGAGGCCGGGUUUUACGUAGACGCAGGACCUCCAACUCACGCAUUCACCCCUUGUGGACAUGUGUGCUCGGAGAAGUCUGCAAAAUACUGGUCUCAGAUUCCGCUGCCUCAUGGAACUCACGCAUUUCACGCUGCCUGCCCUUUCUGUGCCACACAGCUGGCUGGGGAACAGAACUGCAUCAAAUUAAUUUUCCAAGGUCCAGUUGACUGAUGCCCUUGACAGCCGUUUAUGACUUUAUUAACAGGUUACUGUGAAGAUUUUACCACUAACUCUAGAUUUUACCUUUUUAUAAUGCUGUUUAUUAAGGGGAGGGGAACCUGAGGCUGGGAAAAAAGAGGGGACACGAUGAUGAAACAUGCCAGGAAUUUAACAGAUACCAGUGGUGUGUUGCAUGCUCCAAACAGUGGCAUCGUCAUUGAAGUCUGCUUGAUUAAACCAUACUAUCUUUGUAAUAAUUGGAUUUAAAAUGCCAUGCUUUUAUUUUAACCCUGGGAUUUUAAACAAGUCUUUUCCUUUGUAGACUUGGACAAGACUUUAAAUCAUAUUUUACAAAUGUAGAAGAAAUUUAUUCAAAAGUUGUUGGCUCUUAAUGUGCACCCUUCCUUGCUGCAUGGUGUGGGUGUUGAGAGGAAGACACUCGGUGUCUGGAAAUACUUGAUACAGGCUAGAAUCUGACUGAUACCAAAGGGGCUCCACAAAAUGUUGGUGGUGGACAGGAGACCUUUAGGCACAAGUGGUGGUUUUGAAAUCUGGGGCUUUUUUCUGAUUUAUUUUUCUUUUUUGGAGAGAGAAUAUUCUUAUGUUGUCAUGUUUUCUUUUUUUAACUUCGGUGGAAUUUAAUUACUUUAUACACACAUUCAUUGAAUACCUUGGCAUUUCAAACAGAGAAUUUUCCGUAGUUUUUUAGUCUGCCUUUCUGCCUGAUAUGGUCUGUCCCUGAUACUCAUCUUGCAUAGAUAGCCAGAACUGUUUGGUUGAUUAAAAUGCAGCAACUUUUAAAAAUUCUUUAACUGAGGGUGAUUAUUGCAGCAGUAAACAUGGCCUAGGUACAUAAUAUCAAGUUUAUUUGCUUAGUGAGUUGUGUAAGAAAGAAUGAUUAAAAAUAAGAUUUUACUUUUUAAAACCACUUGUUGGGUUUUCAUAAGUUUUUUUUUCUUCCUUAAGAAAGCCAAAAUUCUGUGAGCCUAAAAGCAACAUAUCACAAUGAUAGAGUGGUUUUUGUUACUCCCUUUCUGCCAUCUGUCACCUUCCCCUGCAGCUUAUGGAGCCCUGCAAGUUUUGAAAAUGUUUGCAAAUCAAACUAAAUUUAAAUGUGAUCAUUAGAUAUACACAACGCCAAGUGGUACAUCUGCAGAUAUAAUUUGAAAUUCCUGAUUUCAAGAGAGCAAAUGAGUGUUUACUGAGGAAUAAUUAAAUCAGAAUUUCAUAUGAGCUUUGCCAUCCCUCUCUGUUAGUUCGUUUCAUUUUGAAUAAUAAUUCUUGGAUGCUCUUUCUCUGCUGGGUACCAGCAGUGUCACUGCUCCCAGAGUGUCAGGAUCCUUGGACUUGAGACUGACAGAGCUGGCUCAGCUGACAUAAAUCCCUGCCACAUGCAGCAAAUAUUUAUCUAAGCUAACAUCCUCGUAAAUUGACCAUUGCAGAUUCGUGCUACACUUUUUUAACCUUUGUAAACAUAUAUAAUUUCUAUGAUUCUAAUAUACUAGAUCCAUACUUGAAUUGGUAUAUCCAUGUUUUGCCUCCUGGCAAAUAUUUUGCCUGUUUGCAAUUGUUAUAACCCAUUUUGAAUGUCCAUUUCCUUAAAGUAGUAAGAUGUAUUACUCUGGAAUACUGCUGCUUAAUUUGACUUUGUAUAUAAGAAGUUCAGCCUCUCAGUUUUAAAAUAGCUUUACUUUUUAGUGGAGAGAAUUGUUUAGGAUGAGGCAUUUUUGUUUUGGUAAUUUUUAAGUGGUGUGAAAAUCCAACAACAGCCCUCUUAUCGAUAGCUUACUCAACUUGUAUAGCUUACUCUACCUGCAGACAAAAAAUGAAAGAGAAAAAUGGAAUUGCCUAGAGUAAUAUAUCGAAUGGCUGUGAUUUAGCCAGAGACUCCAAUGAUUGACUUUCACUGAUAGAGUGUGUCUUUUCAUUUAUGAUUCUUUGGGCUCCACAAAAUGAUAAAGGAGGCACACGGUCCCUUUUCUUGCUAUAUGGGUAGAAGGCGGUUUGAGGAAUCUUGAUACCCUAAAAGCAUCCUGUAAGGUAAAGGGUCUUGCAUACAGAAUAGCUGGAUUUUACCUAUCAAAAAAAUUUUUUUUCCAGAAAGUUAUGCUCUGAUAUAAUCUUCCAUUUCAAGAACUAUACAUAAAUCUAGUAAUUCUGCUUGCAAAAUAUGCCCAAAAAUAAAGUUAUCUUCCAACCUGAAAAGUUUCUGACUUUUAGUAAACUCAGAUAGCUAAGUGUAAGUUGAAAUUUGGGUAAUAAAAUUCCAAGCUCUUGGAAGGGGUAACAGUGAACCGCCCUCUAUCCACGCCACAUCUUGUUAUUUGACUUCCAGGUGAGGUCCCUCCCACCCUGCCUAAGGAGCCACAGAGAGGUGGCAAGUCUGCAAAAAGGAAACCACGCUCACCUUGGCCACUUCUAGUAAGAUCCCCUUAUAAUUUUGGCUAAUGAGAUUUCUUUUUCAGAGUUGAGAGCAAUUUAGUUUGUGAGAAUAAAGAACUCGAGCUCACCAAAAUAGAGUAAUAAGUUCAGAAAAGGUAACUUCUAAAGGUCACUUCUGUUUUUAUGUCUUGCUUGCCAUCCCAUUACACGGUGCGUCCCACUCCCCCAGGGUUGUACAUAGGAAGAUGCCGACCAGUUACCCUGAUCGUGGCCUGACCAAAAUGCCUUUUGUGAAUAGGUUUCCAGAAGUAAGGCCCCAGUGAUGUAUUCCCAUAGAUAUUAUUUUUUUCGGUUGUUUAUGUCAGUUUACUACAGAAAAAAAAUGAUUCAGAGUGGAUGGGAUACAACUCUGAAUAUUUUUCUAGUCUGGAAUUUUUUUAUUAUUAAUAUUCGGUGCUGCUGGGUCAUGUAUGCUGCAGCUCUUAACAUUUCCCUUAUUUGGUUCUGCUUUUUGCAAAAAGGGCUACAGUUCACACUACAGAGUAAGUAUUAGGUUUUCUGGGUUGUCCCCCCCCCCCCCCAACUAUGGCCCAAAAGAAUUAAAAGCUUUUAAUAUAAAUAGCAUAUUUAUCAUUCCUCAGUAGUAAUUAUAGAGUUUGGUACCUUUGUGCCUCAGGGAAGCCACGUGAUAUAGCUGGUUAUAGAAUUUCAGGGUUAAGGUUUAAAGAAAGGAGAAAGCCAUUGGAAAAAUGAUGGGCUCCAUUAAGGAGACUAAUGAACCUGGAUGCAGAAAUAUGCCAGGAAAUGGCAUACACGUGAUUGUAGUAGAAUUUAUUUCCAGUAAUAAUAGGGAAAUUAUUUUAAGUUAUUACAUAUACUGUAUUAGGAAAGUUGAGGAGAACUCUUCAUAAAGCUUCAAUGCUUUAUUUUUGCUUACAGAAAAAAAAAACUCCUGUUAUUUGGGAGCUCAGUAUUGUUAUUUGGGCACUUUUGAGAGUUUAAGAGGAGCACGUUUUCUCCUUGAAGUGUAACACAGGUUACAGAAUUGUUACCUGCAGUUCUAUGAUUUUGAUCAACUUCUUUUCUUUUUUAAAGCCAUUCUGUUCUUUGGAUUUGCAUGAAAGGAUGUAUGAUCACACCAUUGUUAAUGCUGGCUACAAACUAGUUACCUUCAUGCAAUCCUGCCUCGUAACAGUGGAAUUUCUGAUAGACAAACCACAGAACCUUGAUUUUAAGGCACAUCCAGCUCCGUUCCCUUGGCUGUCGAUCUCCUGUCCCCGGGUUGAUCAGCAUUCCUGGGCUGGGGGGGUGAAGGUCCUCCUUCAGUGCUGGACGCAGACCGCAGGUCUGUUAUCAUUUCUUUAUGACCCAGGCAAAGGCCGGUGAGAUGCUCCAGGAUCUGUUAAAGGAAUGUAAGCAUUACUGAAGCAGUAAAACAAAAGAAGUUUCAGUAUUUCUUUUUAGUAAAACUUAUUUCCUCUCAAGUCAGUUUUCCUCCUCGUGAAGAAUCCCUAGAGGAAGAUGGGGGAAAAACAAAUAUUUUUCCAGUUCUAUUUAACUGUUUCUAAACAACUGGAAAGGGAAGUCUGUUUUCUUUUCAGCUGAGAUGACAGAGUGCUUCUCUGUAUUAAAUAGUCUAUAAGUUAAGGGGGUGGUCAUAUUUACCAUGUAUAGUGUUAUGAGCAGUAAAUUUUAUGAAUAUAUUUGUAAAACUGUUCUUUUAUAUUUCAUGUCAAAUUGAAAAGUUUAUUUCUUCACUAUUGUAUCUGUGGAAAUACAAGCCAUUUUACAGGGAAAAUCUUCAAAAACUAUUAAAUGGAUCUCAGUAUGUUUGUGAGUUCUUUUCUCAAACUGUAGUUGUCACGGUGUUCAUCUGGACAUUCAGUAGGGAGUUGAUACAAAAGUAUCCUUGAUUUUUGCAUUUCUCAAACUUCCUAGUUAAUCCCAAACAGUUGACUUUAUUAUUGUUUUAUAUUCUGCACAAUACAUAUUUAAAUGUAGAUUCUGAAAAUCUCCUUAGUUUUUUAAUUAAAUAAAUUCCAUUGGUGUUUAUAUUA